AUGCGCGCCCUCCAGGGUCUGCGGGGGCCCCGGGCGCCGGCCCUACCGCUGCUUCUGCUGUGCUUCCUCGCCGCGGUGCCCCGGAGCUUGGAGGACGGCCUUUCCACAGCUGCACCUUUUACGAGUCUACCUGUCCAGGAAGAAAUUACCACAAAGUACUCUAAUCUUUCUUCGGAGAGUCAUAACAUAUCAGUGACUGCUGCACCUUAUACAAGUCUACCUGUCCAGGAAGAAAUGAUGACAAAGUACUCUAACCUUUCCUUGGAGAGUCAUAACAUCUCAAUGACUGCUAUGCCUAUGAAAGAAAAUAAUAAAGGGAACCAAAUCUGUGUUGACAGAGGAAUAAUGCUUCAAAGGAAUGUUACAUUAGUAGAACAGUCCAAUAUGCCAGUAGAAAAAAAUAUCACUUUAGAAAGACCUUCUAAUGUAGAACUCACAUGCCAAUUCACAACAUCUGGAGAUUUGAAUUCAGUAAAUGUGACUUGGAAAAAAGGUGAUAAAUUACUUGAGGAUAAUUAUCUUGUCAAUGCAACGGGAAGUAUUCUGUAUACCCAGUAUAGGGUCGCCGUCAUUGGCAGCAAACAGAUGGGAAGCUAUUCUUGUUUCUUCGGCGAGAAAAAGCAACACAGGGGCACGUUUAACUUGAAAGUUCCUGAAAUUAAUGGAAAAAACAAACCAUUGAUCACUUACGUGGGGGAUUCAGUUGUCUUGAUGUGUAAAUGUCAAGAUUGUCUUCCUUUAAAUUGGACCUGGUACGGUGUCAAUGGGAGUGUACAGGUUCCUAUUGGUGUUCCAGUGAAUGAUAAGUAUGUGAUCAGUGGAAAACAUGCUAAUGAAACAAGGCUGAAGAUAACACAACUUUCAGAGGACGACCAGGGAACUUACUGGUGCCAUGCAAUAUUCGAGUUAGGGGAGAGUGAAGGACACGUUGAACUUGUCGUGCUCAGCUAUUUGGUACCCCUUAAAGCAUUUUGUGCAAUAGUUGCUGAGGUCGUUCUCUUAGUGACUGCUAUUCUGCUUUUUGAAAUGUAUACUCAAAAGAAAAAGAAGCCCUCAGGUGAUGGGAAAGAAUUUGAACAAGGUGAACAGAUGAAAUUGGACGAUAGCAAUGGUAUAGAAAAUAGUGGCCCUAGGCACAGAAAAAAUGAAUCCGUGGGCCAGUGAGUGACAAACAUCAUGUCAAGAGUCACAGGAAGACGUACAAAGAGUUUGCCUUUCAGCUUUAUUUCUGCUUCUUGUUAAGAACGUGUGAUUUUCUACUUUUAAAAGGAUGAAAAGUUUAUGUAACAUGCUCAGUAGUAGCUUUGCAAUUGCAGAUCUACAGAUAUAUUUUCAUUCUGUAUUUUACAAUAAAGCAAGGUAAAUUGCAUUAAGUAUGUGCUAUGAGCUAUAACCCAGGAUAAUUAAUUUCAUUCCAGUCCUUAGGGACAUGCUGAACAGACACCAGCAAAACCAAAUAGUACACAGAGUGAAUGUCACUCAAGACCUGUUUAUAACCAAAGAAUUCAUGAAGAACAAAGCUUUGCCAUUUGUCUUAAAAAGGUUUUUUCCCCAAUCGUGUUUACUAGGUGUAGAAGUGUUUGUAAUAAUUUCAUGUAAAGUUCAUUCUUCAGUCAUAUUGAAAAGAAGUGUCAUCAAGGGGGAAUUAGCACUUUCUACCCUUGUUAAUGGCGGUUACUGUGCAGUCACCACAAGGAAAACAUACUUUUCCUAUGAAAACAUUGGUUGAAGGCAAAGAAAUAAAACCGUACACUUGCCCCGAUUCUCCAUCACCACAGAAGCAAAUUUCUCAGUCUCAUUCCACUCAUCUCCACUGUUUCCCCACAUUAAGCUAAAGUGAUUCUUAGACUUCCUAGAGAGCAUUUUUUAUUUUAAGCUGUGGGUUUUGGAUUUCUUCAGUUACAGCUGUUGUUGAUGUAGGAUUAAGGUUCACAUAGACAUGAUGUCUCACUGCUGUAGGCAUGCUUCUGUGUUUCAUGGUGGUUCACUGGCUAAAUAUCUCAAAAAGCAUCAUUAGCGGUUUAUAAUACUAAUGCCUUUGUCUGAAAUCAAGAAGUAUUAAAGUUGUUCUAUGUUGUUGUCAGUGCCUUAGGCUUUCUAUUGUGUGUAUAACUAAACUAUUUUAUAAAACUCAUUGUAACCAAGUCGAAUGAAAUCUGAAUAGACAUGAAAAGUUGUCAGUGGCUUUGAAUGGAAUAUUGGUAUCAUGCAGCAGGAUACUAGGUUAGGUUGAAGACAAUAUGUGAAGCCUGCUGGGGGAUCCUUGGUGCUUAUGAGUCCACUGUCCCCCAUCUCACAGUGCGGCAGGGAUCAGAACAAUUACAGGCAAAGAGGGACGGUUUGGGAUGGUGGUGAAGAACCCACAGUCUUGGUGACCUAGGGGAUUAAUGCUUGAAAAAGAGAAGUUCAAUUAUUUGAAAAAAAAAAUGCUUUAUAGAAAUUUGUAUGAUAUUCUGGGUGAAAAAAUUAUAAUAAAAUUGAGAUAGUGAAAAAUUAUGCUUUAUAUGACAUCUUAACUAACGUUAAAAUAUUACUAGUAUGAAUAAUACACAUGAAGUGUGACUUGGAAGGUUUUCUGUUUGUUGCAGUGCUGUUUUGCAUAAAACAUGUGAACUAUCCACAAAAGUUUUAUUGACUAGACUACAUCAUUUAAGUAAUGAGAGGUUUCAUCAUAUUCUUGUCUCAGAGCCACAAACCAGGCAUUUGUUUUGGUUUAGUUAAUCAUUAAUUUGACAAAAUGAUCUUGGGUGGUAUCUCUAUGACGGCAACCAAGCAGUUUACUUAAUCUGAACAAUUUGAAUUCAAUGAAAAAUUAGUCAGACCCGCUUUUUGACUAAAUCCAAUUCAAAUGCAUUUGUGACUAGAUAUAUACAAAUCCCUAUACAAUUUGUACCUCACGUGCAAUAUGUAUUCUUCUAUUUUGCCACCAUUAUUUUUUAAAAUGAUUCUCAGGCAGAAAAAUUGCUGUCCCAGUGUAAAAUAAUCUGAAAUAUUUAUGUAGUAAAUUGAAAUUUUAAAUGUCAGUGUUUGCUAUUUUUCCUAGAAAAGAAAAUUAAGUCCAGUAACUUUAAGCAGAAAAGAUACUCAGGAAAUUAAAGUUGAAUUUUGACUUUUCAGAGUCUCUCUGGGGAACCUCCAGAAAAUUAUUUCACCACUGUUAGGUUAAAAAAUGGAAUGCUUCCAUUAAGUAACCUCAUGGAAAUGAAUGGAUUAACUAAAAAUGACCAAUUGUAAAUUGACUAAGCAAGCAGAAAAGCUGAAGUCGGAAAAUUACACCAUGUUUAUAUAUUAGACACCUUGGGAAAUUCUAUUCAUCUUUCCAGCUAACAGAGUUUUGCUGCAUAUUAAGUAGAUUUAAUGAUGUCUUAAAAUUCCCAGGUAUUUUCAUAUUCAGUUUAUGCUUUAAUAGAAAUCUUCACUUUGUAGUCUUUUUUUUUUUUUCUUAGCAUAUAGUUACCCAGGCCGAAACCUAAAGUUCACUGUGCCAUUUUCUUCUCCUCUAUUAACUGAUAUUUAUUAGUCAUGAAUCUCUGUUCCUUUGGCCUCAUCAAUCCACUCAUUGCCUCCCCUACCCCCAUGCUCACCAGCUGCAACAACUAAGGUCUUGAUUUUCCUACCUCUGCCUCAUCUACUGUUAAUCCAUUUUGUGCAUUGCUUUGUGUGUGUGUGCACUUAGUUGCUCGGUCGUGUCCAACUCUUCACAACGCCAUGGACUGUAGCCUAGCAGGCUCCUAUGUCCAUGGGAUUUUCCAGGAAAGAAUACUGGAGUGGGUUGCCAUUUCCUUCUCCAGAGGAUCUUUCCACCUCAGGGAUCAAACCCACAUCUCCUGCAUUGGCAGGCAGGUUCUUUACUACUGAACCACCUGAGAUGCCCCUUUAGCAUUGCUGCCAGGCCAUAUUUCUAAAACACAACUCUCGCUGUGGAGCAUAAUGUCCCAGUUCCCAUGACAGACCUCUAUAGGCUCCCCUUUGCCAUAUCUUAAUGCUGCAGUUUUUCUCCACUGUCUUGAUUUAGCCUUGACAAAGAGAGAGUCUAUCCAGAAUGCCGCCCCCUGUGCUCCUCCCCUUUGAUGAACUCAAGUUUAGCCUUCAAGACUUGAAUCUGAUGUUACUUCCUGGCAGAUCCCUCAUUCCCAGUUGACUAUGUACCAUCAUAUGUGCUCAAAUAACUCCCUAUUUUUUGUGCUUAUUUACCUGUAUUAUACAUAUGCUUUUAUAUGUCUCCUUCUUGGAUUCUGAUUUUAUUUGCUUGUCCUGUACCUACCACAGAGAAGAUACAUUGUAGAUGUCAUGAAGUGUGUAGUGAAUGGAUAAAUGUAUAGGUAAAAAUAAAAUUUUAUAAAUUUAUACUUAUUUUUAGAAGAACAAUCUAAAUUGUGACAUCAGAAGUGAAACAAAAUAUUUUAACAAAGAUAAACCAAUCCUUUAUAACUUAGGUGUUUACUUCCACUUCUUUGAAAAACAGUAGCAAUAUAAUAAAAACUUCUGUUGAAUUUUAAUAAUGUGUAACAAUGAGCAAAGAGAGUUCUGAUUCCUAAACUAUUAUACAGGGUAUUAUACAAGCUUUCAACUUAUCUAAAUUCCCAUUGUCCUUUACUUUUUAUGGGUAGUGCAAAUGUUAACUUUAUUUUUAUCCUUAAUUUCAUUAAGGUAAUGUAUUGACUUUAUAUAUAUAUAAAGAAUUUUAGCAAUUGUAGUUCUCUGCAUGGCACUGUAGAUAUUAGUGUCCACUCCACUAACUUUCUUAUUCCUCUUCCCUGCCAAUACCUCAUAGUACCUUAGAAUAUCUCAGAAUCCAAUUCAAAAAUUUAUCUUAAAUAUAUUUUUUAGAAAACUUUCAUUGUUUAAUUUUGGUCCCUGUAAGUUUGUCUUUACUUUGGUCUCUGUAAGUUUGUAUUUGAUAAUCAAAUACAUCAAAAAAAAUGUCAGUUCUUCUCACAUACUUCCUGGGUUUUCAUCUUUGAGGCAUUUAAGCAGAUUUAUGCAAAAUACUUACUGAAUCUACUUCUUUAUAGAAAAUGAAUCUUCUCUAAUGGAACAAGUUUUGCAAUGAAUUAGGUACUUCCUAUUAAGAUUUUUAGGUGGGAGCAAGUUCAAAAGUGUGUGUUCUAGUAUUAAUUAAAAGGCACACUGACCUAUUAUAGCUUUCUCUGAAUUAAUAUUUAUUGAAUGAAUGAAAAAUAGAUGAAUGACUCAAUUAUUUUGGAAUCUUAAAUUAUACAUAUGUAUGUUAUCUACUUUGAUUUUGAUUAAUUAACUGAAUUUAUCUUCUCUAGCAGAGAUAUAAAGAAAACUGGAACCCUAUGUGUAUUUCUUUCACAUGAUAUUUAGGAAUGUAUUUGCAGUAUAUCUGGAAGGUCAGUUACAUGUGCAGCUUAUCAACUGAUUUCUUUAUUGAUGGUAUAUCAUAUUGUUAAAUAGUAAUGACUCACAUUUGUUGAGUGCUUAGCAUGUGACAGGUACUGUGCUAAAUACUUUGAAAUGUUUUAUCUCAUUUAAUUUCCACAUCAUCAUAUGCUAUAGAAACUAUUACAUACUUUGUUAUACAUGAGGAAACAAGCUUGAGAGAUGAAGUAUUUGGACUGGGAAUUGAAAUCCAAGGAGUUCUCCUUAAGAGUCUAGGUUAAACAACCAUGGUGAACAACUUUGGCCUUCUACUAAGGAGAGUCUUAGAAAAAUCAGGCUAUUAUCUAUAAACUGUCUUUAAAAAAAAUUGGACUCCUUUAGAUGGUUAGUUAAAUAAUAAGUUCCAUAAUUUUAUUCUUAAGGCUUAUAGAACCUAUGCUGUGGCAUAUUUAUGCUGUCCCUGCAGUGGUGCUAAGGAAUCAAUAUAUUUUUGCUUGUUUGGAGAGUCUUAAUUUUUUUCCCUGAUUUUACUUCUUAAUAACUAGUGUGACCAUAAAAUUUAUCAUCCAAACAAUGAGAAUGAAAGAAAGAGCUAUGUAUAAUUUUAUCAGGACAAAUGGAAAACAGAUGGUAAGUCACAUUUUUAACCUGUAGGUAGGAGCGAAGAAUUGAAUGGAUAAUCUAGCCUAGGCACAGGAGUAACAUCUGUAAUCUGAAUAAUAAACACUUAGAAAUUCACCUUUAGGGAAAGAACUAUCCUUAGUAAAUGCUAGGUGAGAUGCCUAUGAGACAAUUUAGUAAGCUUAAAGAUUUAUUACUUUUCAGCAGUACUAUGAUUAAAAUGUAUCAGCAUUCAAAAAUGUGAUUCACAAGUUGUAAGAGAAUCUAGGAAACAUAGUUGUAUUUUUGAUGGCCUGUGAAAUGAACAGGACAAUUAUUUGGAUUUACUUAUCUUCAUGAUUAAUGUGUCAUAAUGAUAAUAUCUGUAUGAUUCUCAAUAAGUCAGGAAUGCCUGAUUAUGCCUUUAUAAUGAAAUUUAUUUAUGAAAUCAGUAAAGCUCACUCAUGACUAAUAUUGUCAAAAUUACUUUAUUCAUGUGAUUGACCUAUAACAUCUAUUUCUUCAUUCCUCAUGUCCUAAAUGGGAGAAAGCUAGUGAAACUUGUUUAGAGUAUUGGUUAAAGUCCUUGUAUUAUUUGGUGUGUUAUCUAUUAUGUUUAAGCACUUUUGUUCAUAAAAGUUGAUUCUGCUAUUUAAUUUGUAAUUUACUUCAGAAUAUAAUUAGCACAAAUUAUUUUUUAAAGAUUAUUUGAUAAAAAAUGAAAUUAUUAGGCUUAAUAGUAUUUGUAAUUAACUGUAAUGCUACAUAAUGCUACAAAAAUAUCACACAGUAUGAUUACAUGAACUGCUUUUGUGUCUUUUAAGAUAGAAAUCUGUCCAUAUAUUUUACUUUAAAAAAAAAUCAAGGACUAUGAUUAUGGCAUAUUUCCAAAUAAUUGUGGUUUUCUUUUUUUAACAUGUAUGUCUAAAUUAUCAUUAAUGCCAUUUUGCAUUAUGUAAAUGGUACAGAAAAUGUUUGUAUUAGAAUGUUUAAAUUUUUUGUUGUGCUAACUCAAAGAAUAUGCCUAUAUGUAAUUAAAUUCAAUAAAAUGUGCUCUGAAUUAAAAUUUAAACAUUA